CCGUGCAGACUUGAAACCCGUUCAUUGAUUCAAAAAGCGGGGCGGAGUUUAACCUAACGAUACUUAUGAGCUGACGGUGGGCGGGGAGAGAGGGAGAAAAACAAAGCAUUUAACGGAAGAAGUACGGUACAGCGGUGGCGUUUACGAUUAACUAGUUCCAUGUGAGGAAAGAAAAUGAGACUCAGGUCUCAAAAAAUAGUUGAGGCCUGCUCGGAGACGCCAAAAAAAAACAGCCGUCAGCGCUCCAUCAGGACGCCGAGACCAGCGUCGACGACUGCUGUGACGGAUAGCUCGCAACAAACCGAGGGUGAAGACACCUUGGAUAAAUCCGCUGAUGAUGAGGUUCCUAUGAUGAAGAGGCGCCGGCUACCUCGUGGUUGGCCGAGAAAGAGGGCCGUUGCCGUUAAAGAUCGAGAGUCGGAUUUAGCCUUUAAUACUCCACUCAGGCCCAUAAUGCGCCAUGAGCACGUCCUGUCAGAGAUCGACAUCGAGUCUCCUCAUAAUUCAACCGCCAGAAACAUCUACUCACCCUUAGUGCGUUUCCUCACGCCCAGCAAGGAAAAUUUAAAGUGUCCUGAAACUGAGAACAGUGUCAUAAUGAGCCCAGAACAAGGCGUGUUUGGUUAUAGCUCCAUUGAGCUGCUGGCUGGAGAGGAGGAGGAUGACGUGUUUGACCCUUUUACUCUAAUCAAGAACAUCCUGUCACAGUCUCGGCACUCUCAACCUCGACUCAGAGAUAUUCCCCCAAAGACCAGGAGCACUCCGGAGGCCACGCUGGUGGUCGACCUGGAGGAGACGCUGAUGUUCAGCUCCCUGAAUGUGAUCAACGACGCAGACUACACCUUCUACACAGCUUUCCAAGACCAUCAGUACAAGGUGUACAUGAUUCUACGACCGCACGUGAAGGAGUUUCUUCAAGCCAUGGCAAAAACCUACGAGCUGUUUGUUUACACGUGUGCGAAGAGAGAAUACGCCGAGAAGAUCCUGGAGAUUCUGGACCCUCAGAGAAAACUGUUUCGACACCGCCUGUACCAGGACGACUGUGCUUGUGUCCUCGGACACUACGUCAAGGAUCUCGGCGUCCUCGGGAGGGACCUCGCCAAGACUGUUGUCCUAGACAACGCGGCUCAUACUUAUCCGUACCACCUGAUGAACACGAUCCCCAUAAAGAGCUGGUCUGGAGCAGCGGAGGACAGAGAGCUGCAGAAACUCAUCCCCUACAUGGAGAAACUGGCUACAGCUGAGGAUUUUCAGGAGGUGCUGAAGAAGAGGAAGGACCACUUCCUGCGGCUGUUGUCGGAGGACUGACGGGACUCUCCGCCCCCACAGCUCCCGCUCUGACUCCGCUCCUCGUUUCCUUUAGUUUCACCUCGGUUAAAAAGCCCCAGAUGAAGUUGUUGACAGUUUUUAACCUGUUGGUGACUUUAAGAGGCGUCGCAUUUCAAACAUGCUGCUGAUGGAUUUUAUAACUUGAA